UCCAACCACCUAUAGACAGUAACCCUUCCUUAAAUUGCCAGCUUCCAUACAUAUACAAAUAUUACCCCUUCAAGAAACCUAAAACCAUAUCCACCUCUUUAAGCCAAGAAAUUGUGCUUUGUUGAUAAGUAAAUAAUGGGUUCUGUUUCUUCAUCAACUGUGAUGGCAGAAAAGAUUUCUUGGUAUUGUGCUUUGUUGAUGGCGCUAAUGCUGGUUUUGAGCUGCUGUGAAGUGAGUGAAAGUGAAUUGGCUGCUGUUGGGCAUCCGAGGGUUUUUGAGGACAAGCCAUGCGAUGAGAUAUAUGUGGUCCGAGAAGGUGAGACUUUGCAUACUAUCAGUGAAAAAUGUCGGGAUCCUUAUAUCGUUGAAGAAAAUCCACACAUUCAUGACCCAGAUGAUGUUUUCCCUGGCCUGGUCAUCAAGAUUACCCCUUUCAAAGAUAGGAAGAGGAAUCAAGCUAGCAGAAAUUGUUCCGAGAAGAAAUGGCGGGUCCGUCAAUCAACAACAAGAACAUAAAUAGAAUCACUGCUUAACAGAAAUCAAUCGUAUGGUUUGUCCUGAACUAAGACUAGCUGUGAAACAAGUAAAAAAACAAGUCUAUCUAGAACAGCCAGGAUUCUCAUUGCCUGUUAUCCAAUAUAAACAUGUAAUACCUGCAUUGGAGGCGGCUACAGAUUUAAAUACACUGCUACAAAUCGCUGCCUUCCAUGAAUCUCAAAUCUCACCAGUUCCAAGAGGCUGCCUUGAUGCAUCACCAGAGGCCCAUGCAUGAUAGUCCUUCACAAGCUGCCAGUUUGUUCAAGCAUUAAUGUCACGAAUAAAAGUAACCAUUCCCGACCAACAAAUACAAGUCUACGGAUGGUGUGAUGGGGAUGAAUCAAUCCUAUAUGAUGGUGGCAAGAUGUACAGGCAGAGGAAUCAAAUUAGUAAAUCUAGGUUGUGGAAGCAUUUUUACAUUGUUUUAAAAUUCGAAUCAUCAAAUUGGACUUCAUUUACUACUUGAUGAACAAGAUUAUUAUCAUAUAACAGGGAAUUUUGUGGAAUUCUGAAAAAUGCUCCCGUGCUGUGCUGUUAGUAUACGUUGCUGGGACUUUUUUCUUUCAUCGAAUUCCCCAAUUUUAUUGAUGGAUGUCUAUUUUGAUUGCCAUGUAGAAUAAAAUGAAAUCAAUUUCCAUGGUGCUGAGGCAAGUGGAAUUUAA